UAAAAUUUUAGGAUAAAAAAUAAGUACGGGUUAAUACCUAAAUAGAAUAUGAUAAAAUAGCUAUUUGUGCGCUUUUCCCUGUAACUUCAUCACUAAUGGGCUUCACUUCAAGCCCAAACCGACCCUGCUGACACGGACGCGCACAGUGACCCUGCUCCCCAAUCUUCCACCGAUUGGUACUUCGUUCGACGGGUAGCGAUGGUGAUGACUAACUUCAAUGGUACUGGUGUGGGUUUCGGUGCUGGCAUUGGUUGCGGUUUUGGUGUAGGAUGGGGUUUCGGAGGCAUGCCUUUGAAUUUCUUGGGUCUUGGUGUAGGUGGCGGCUGUGGGAUUGGAGUAGGCCUUGGAUGGGGAUUUGGCACUGCCUUUGGUAGCCAGUACAGGAAUUCAAGAGUUACAUUUGACGGCAUGGAUUUUGUUACUAAAGAGCACAAUGAAGAAAGAGAUGCAAAAGAUCUUUUCAAAGGCACUCCCCAAAUCACACAACACAAGUCAAAGCAAGAUUGCUGGAUCCUCAUCAAUGGCAGAGUAUUAGAUGUGACAAAGUUUUUGGAGGAACAUCCUGGAGGAGAAGAAGUGUUGAUUGAAUCAGCUGGAAAGGAUGCAACUAAAGAGUUUGAAGAUAUUGGGCAUAGUAAAGCUGCCAAAAACUUGCUCUUAAAAUACCAAGUUGGAUAUAUUCAAGGCUACAAAAUUCCAGAUGAGUCUGAGCUUGAUCUCAACUUAGUUACUGAUUCUUUGAAAGAAACAAAGGCCAAAGAAAUGAAAGCUUUUGUGAUCAAAGAGGAUUCCCAGCCCAAGUAUAUGGUUUUUGUUGAGUACUUUGUGCCAUUCUUGAUUGCUGCCUUCUUCCUCUAUUAUCGCUAUCUCACUGGAAAUCUCCAGCUUUGAGCUCCUAAAACAAAGGGAUUAUAACGUUUGUUUAUCAUUAAUAUAAUUUUUUUUUUCCCCUUUUUGUGUUUUAUGUCAACCUUCAAAGAGGGAAAAGCAUACAUUGCAAAUUGUGUUAAAAAAUGGAGGUUUGGGGUUGUUAAGAGAGAGGUGAUUUGGGAAAUUGUAUUCUUCAUUUAUUGGUUGGUCAUCCAAGAAAGCUGGAGUUAGUUAAGUGUUAUUCUUGUUCAGCGAGUUGAAAAUACACCAUCAUUUUCAUUUC